CUAAUUUCUCUCGUCUUAUUUAAACCAAACGCCUCUCUUGAGAAAAAUCUCCAAAUUCCUUUUUGUCUCUCAAUCUCUCUCUGUUUUGAUUCUUCGUUUCGUUUCUAAGAGAGUUUGAUAAAACCAGGAAGCUGCUGCUGCAAGUUGUGGUGUGUCUGGGGAGGGAACUCGAAAGAAUCGAAAAAAUUUUGAAGCUUUAUUUUAUGUCUGACAAGAUAUCACCCUUUUGCUGUCGAUCUGGUUGCUUGGAAAACACUGUCCUACAUCCAGAACUAAGAACCACUAGUUCUUCCAUCACUCUUGUUUCUCGCAUCUUCAAACCCGCCGAGACUCCUCCUCCUUUCUGACCACUUUCUUUUUUCUCAAAGAGAACAACAUCAUGGCGCUACAGAACAUUGGUGCUUCCAACGCUAACGAUGCCUUCUACAGGUACAAGAUGCCUAAGAUGGUUACCAAGACUGAAGGCAAAGGUAAUGGUAUCAAGACCAACAUUAUCAACAAUGUUGAGAUUGCCAAGGCUUUGGCCCGACCUGCUUCUUACACCACCAAGUACUUUGGCUGUGAGCUUGGUGCCCAGUCUAAGUUUGACGAGAAGACUGGGACUUCUCUUGUGAAUGGGGCACACAAUACUUCCAAGCUUUCUGGUCUUCUGGAGAAUUUUAUCAAGAAGUAUGUCCAGUGCUACGGAUGUAAGAACCCGGAGACUGAGAUUAUUAUCACCAAGGCUCAGAUGGUGAAUCUCAAGUGUGCUGCUUGCGGGUUUAUCUCUGAGGUUGACAUGAGGGACAAGCUGACUAAUUUCAUUCUCAAGAACCCGCCGGAGCAGAAGAAGGGAGGUAAGGACAAGAAAGCGAUGAGGAAAGCUGAGAAGGAUAGGCUUAAGGAAGGGGAAGCAGCUGAUGAGGAGCAGAAGAGACUGAAGAAGGAAGCUAAGAAGAAAGCACUUGCUAACGGCAAGGAUGCUUCUUCUAAGACGUCCAAGAGCCAUUCUUCUGAUGAGGAUAUUAGCCCCAAGCAUGAAGAGAAUGUGCUGGAUGUGGAUGAGGAUGAAAACGACGAUGAUGAUGGUGUCCAGUGGCAAACCGAUACUUCCAGAGAAGCUGCUGAGAAAAGAAUGAAAGAACAGUUGAGUGCUGUAACUGCGGAGAUGGUGAUACUCUGUCCAAGGGAAGCAAUAGAGAAAAAGGCCCCCAUAAGCAAAUCUAACGGGGAUGUUGUGAAUGCUGAGAAUCCUCCACAAGAGGAGAAGAAUCUCGUGCAGGAGAUGAAAGAGUAUCUGAAGAAAGGCUCACCGAUUAGCGAGCUCAAAAGUUUCAUCUCAUCUCUCUCUGAGCCUCCACAGGAUGUCAUGGACGCACUCUUCAAUGCCCUCUUUGACGGCGUGGGAAAAGGAUUCGCUAAAGAAGUGACUAAGAAGAAGAAUUACUUAGCGGCUGCAGCAGCAACAACACAAGAAGAUGGAUCACAGAUGCAUCUGCUCAACUCAAUCGGAACAUUCUGUGGAAAGAAUGGAAACGAAGAAGCAGUGAAAGAGGUUGCUCUGGUUCUAAAAGCACUGUACGACCAAGACAUCAUUGAGGAAGAAUUUGUGUUGGAAUGGUACCAAAAGGGUGUGACAGGAGUUGAGAAAAGCUCGCCGGUUUGGAAGAAUGUUAAGCCUUUUGUGGAGUGGCUCCAGAGCGCUGAGUCCGAGUCUGAAGAGGAGGAUUGAGACAUUAUUUUUCUUCCCUGUGUUUCUUUUUUUUUGUUGCUGCGGGAUCUCUCUUAUUAUAAAUCAGUCAUCAGAAUUCUUCUUAUUGAGAUAUUUUUGCAGUGUUUCUAAUAAAGAAACAGUGCCAAUCAUAUUAUACUAUGUCGCAAA